GUGCUGCCGGCCCCACGCCCAGCCCAGUGCCGGGGAGAGGAGAUGGGCGCAGGACGGGGCGUCCCCAUGGCCCAGCUGGCCCUGCUCACCCUGCUGGCCCUGCCGGGCGCCGGGGCGGUGAGAGUGGACCACAUGCUCUCCCAGGUGAAUUUCUACCAGCGGACGGACCUGGGCCAGCAGGGGUCUGGGGAGUAUAUGCAGGAGUUCGACCAGGAUGAGACCUUCUAUGUGGACCUGGAGAGGAAGGAGACUGUCUGGCGCCUGCCCGACUUCAGCAAGUUCGCCAGCUUCGAGGCGCAGGGAGCCCUGGGCAACAUCGCCGUGCUGAAGAACAACCUGGAGACCCUGAUCAAGAGGUCCAACCACACACGGGCCCAGAACGUGCCCCCUGAGGUGACCGUGUUCCCCGAAGACCCCGUGGAGCUGGGGGAGCCCAACGUCCUGAUCUGCUUCGCGGACAAGUUCUUCCCACCCGCACUGAGCAUCACGUGGCUGAAGAACGGGCAGGAGGUGACGGGGGGCGUCUCCGAGACCGACUUCUACCCCCGCCAGGGUGACUCCUUCCGCAAGUUCUCCUACCUGCCCUUCCUCCCCAGCCAGGGCGACUUCUACGACUGCCGGGUGGAGCACGAGGGGCUGGCUGAGACUUUCACGAAGCACUGGGAAGCCCAGGUGCCCACCCCCCUCCCCGAGACCACAGAGACCCUGGUGUGCGCCCUGGGCCUGGCCGUGGGCAUCAUCGGCAUCAUCGCGGGCACCAUCCUCAUCAUCAAGGGGAUGAAGAUGAACGCCGCCCGCAACCCGCGGGGCCCCUUAUAAACGCAGGGAGGAGCCAGGGCUCCCGAAUCCCCCAGGUGCCUUCCUGAGACCCGCUCGUGCCGCCCCUCCCCACUCUGCCCUCAGCGUCCCUGCUCCUGUCAUGGUGCCAGCUGCUGUACCCAGGCAGGGCCCCCCUGACUCUGUAACCACAACGAGCCAACCUGCUAGAGACUCCCCUGAGGGGGAGCCGGCCCCUCAGGCUCCCCCCACACCUCCCUGCUUGGCUUGAGGGGAGGCACCUAUCCCGGGAGAGGGCUGCUGCCCCAUGGGGCUGGGAAUGGGGGUCGCCCCUCGUCAGGGGGCAGCAGGGCCCACGGGGCUGAUCCAAACCCCACUGCCGCCAUGAGGAAGGUUUCUCUCGACUCCAGUGGGCGCUGGAUUGGGCCCCGAGCCCGGCCCCUAUUGGUCAGAGGCUGCUGUCAGUCACCGCAGGUAACGCCCCUCCAGCCAUUACCCAGAAGGCUUUGGGCCAGACUCGGCCAUUCCCGGUCAAUGGGUCCCUGUGGGGCAGGAUCAGGCCCAUGGCUGGGGGUGGGGCAGCCCCAGUGCCCGGCUAACGGCCCCAUCGCCCCCGUGUGCGGCUCCCCGGGGUCCAGCCCUGCUGAGCCCCGCGCCCAGCGCGGGGUCUGUGUGGGACGGGCCCCGUCCCUGUAUAGCCCCCGCCCUGUGCCCCGUGUGUGUCACAGCCCUGCGCCCCCCAUCGCUCUGCAGCUUUGCCAACAGCAAUAAAGUGGGUUUGGGACGUUU